UUUUCACCUGCUCUACUACCUACUAUCUGAAUUCUGAAACCAUAAAAUCUGUUCACAUUCUGCUUCUGCUUCUCUCUCUCUCUUGAAAUCAUUUUUGAACAUUUUUGCAUACUGUUUGCUGGUCAAUAUACUCGUCUUGGAUCUCUUCCCUCGUAAACUAACUUCAUAUUGACAUCCUUUCAUAGUUGUGGCAACUUCUGCAGUUUAAAGAAGCUACAACAUGCGGUGGCUGAGCCUGUCAAUUGAUGUGUUUUCUUAUGUCAUCCCCUUGAACUUAUUUUGCAGGGUGAUCCUAUAAAUUAUUUCUCCUAUUAAACCAGCUUUUUUAUCUACCAUUCUCUUCAUCUUCCUCUUCCCUUUAACCAGUCAGUUUUGUCUCUUUGCUUGUUAUAUCUGUAUGAUUAGCUGAAAGACCACUGCAAAGAAAAUUUAAAUCCUCUUAGUCCUGAUUUUGAUUCAUUGGCACUUUGUCAUCUCUGUGACCCAGUUUAGGUCUUUUCAGGGUUCUUUUCCUAUACUGCGAUUUCCUCAACCUUCUCCUUUCUUGUAAUCUCCAUUUUCCUACGAAAGAUAGUAUUUUGUUACUCUUGGGCUACAGUGUUAUCUCUCCGCAUAGAUUUUGAAUUUCAUUGGAAAGUCGAAAGUAGUUAUGGUGUGCCAAGCAGCAGGACAAACAAGAUUUCGGGCCUUAAAGCAUGAGAGUGGAAUCACAGGGAAAGCAACCAUUGUAGUUAGAGUUAUAGCAUGUUUUCAACCAUUGCAGAAUUGCCAGGCUGAAUACUUCCGUCAGUUGUUGAAGCCUGUAACGUAGAUGCUCUGAGUUCACGCUUUUGUCUUAAUCCAGCUUUAUAGUAUUUUCUUCUUAUUUACGUCCUUAAAGAGUAAUUUGAAGUGGAAUUUAUACAACCCAUAUAACUGGUUUCUCUUCUGUCUAGAUGGUUACAACCAGCAAGCUCAAUUGUUACCAGCAGGAUCCGGCAUGGACUUCACCGAAUUUGAACCAUGCAACUGCAUUCUUACGGCAUGGACAUAACCUUGGUGUUCCAUCUCUGUAUAGCCCUUGCAUAUGUGCUGCAAAUGCAGUUUCUCCUAGGCCAUCAUGUUUCGCCCCUGGUUUGCCAAGUUCUAAGGCAGCCAAUCAGAAUGGAGUCAAAUGGCUGCCAAGCUUAGCUCCUCCCAAAAAUGAGUAUCCGAACGAUACUAGCUUUUUACUUCAUCGCUUGAUAGGAUUAGAUUCCCCACCAACUGAUGCAUCUGCAAAUUCUCAGAAAAGGUUCCUCAUUUGUGAUCAGUCUGGGAGUCAAACUAGAUUUUACUUUAGUCAAGGUCGCCCUCUUGAAAAUGAAGUAACUACACCGAAAGAACAUGCUUAUGGUUUGUAUUAUGAGAACCUGACUGCUGUAGUUGAGCGAAGAUCUCCUGUGAAACCCAUUAUUGAAGAUAAAUUGGAGGAAAGCUACAUAAAUGGUGAAGAAAGUAGUAUGCAUGAAGACACAGAAGAAAUCAAUGCCUUGCUCUACUCUUCUGAUGGCACUGAAGUGGACGAAGAUGACGAUGAUUGUGGUGAGGAUGAUGAAGUAACUAGCACGGCUCGCUCUCCUUGUGCAAACAAUGGGGGCUGCGGCUGUGGUGAGCAUGACAAACUGCCUGAGGAACUUACAGAAGAAGUUGCCAGUUCUGAUGGCCCAUGUAAAAGGCAAAGAUUGCCAGAUGGCGGGCACAAGAAAUCAUCAUCCAUAGAAUCUAGAUGGGCCAAUGAUGAUGAUGAUGAUAUUGGGGAAUCAAGAUGUGUUAAAGACUCUCUUCCCCUCAGGGAGAAGGAUGAGGAGGAUCAUGAUUUGAGCACAAGGAAAAGGAAAGCUAAAAUUCGCGAGACCUUGAGAAUUCUUGAGAGCUUGAUUCCUGGGAUAAAGAGUAAGGACCCAUUGUUGGUUAUUGAUGAAGCAAUUGAUUACUUGAAGUCUUUGAGGGGCAAAGCCAAAGCUUUAGGAGUUGGGCUCCCUCAAGAGUACCCUCCAUCUUCUUGUUAAAGAAAAGAGUAUCAGUAUCCAACCCCUACAACGUUAGCAUUGUGGAUUUUAGGGGGUAACGUUGCUUGAACAUUAAUCUAUUUGUUAAAAUAGUUAAAUUGUGAAGCAUUUGCCAUUUUCAUCAGUCCUUCAGUGCAACAAGUAUUAUGAACCACCAGAAGUGAAGAGUCUUAGUGGAAUGUCUUUUACUUGCAAGGGGUGAAAUAAAAGGGAUUAUUUUUGAGUUUUUUGUGGAGUAAGAAAGGGUAGCAAUUUCAAAGUUCCAACUCAUGAGUGUACAGUAAAAGAGGGACCCUUUAAAAUUCUUGAGAAAACCCUUGGAUUCAAUGCAUGCGCAUUUGGUAAUUGAGGCCCACAAUCCACCUCAAUAUGUUUCUUGAUUUGAAUGACUGUUAUGAUGUGUUGAUGUUUCUGUUGAUCCCCACAAAGGAUAGUGAUGGCAACUACUGUUGAAGGGUAGCGCAUGGAAAAAGGGAGGGGCCUGCCCUCUAAAGCUUAUCAUGAAAAGGCUGAUUGAGAAACAUGAUCAAAUCUUGUCUUAAAAUUUGGUUUGUUCCCACUUGUAGUUGGAGAGAGUUGUGAGUCUUUUUCUAAGCGUGGUGUCUUUUUAUGAGCCUCAUGGACCCUUUGUGUUUCAUGCUAUUAUUAUUGCUGUGUGUGUUGUCUUUAUGCUUUUACCACUUAUAUAAAACUAAUAAUAAAAUAUAGCUUGCUUUAUUAUUAUUA